AUGGAAAGGAGUCCAAAUAUCUCAUGGGUCUUCCACUUCAGAGUUCUCUCUCUGAUGGUGUUGCUGGGAGUGUUGGACUUUCUGUUUGUCAAUCAUGCGUGUCACAGCAUUAUAACAAGAGGAGCUUCAGUGCAGCUGGUUUUUGGAUUUGAGUAUGCAAUUCUGAUGACUGUGGUCCUCACCACCUUCAUCAAGUACACCUUACAUACAGUUGAUCUGCAGAGUGAGAAUCCGUGGGACAAUAAGGCCGUCUACAUGCUCUACACAGAGCUCUUUACAGGUUUCAUCAAGGUGCUUUUGUAUAUGGCGUUCAUGACCAUAAUGAUAAAAGUGCACACCUUCCCUCUGUUUGCCAUUCGACCCAUGUAUCUCGCAAUGCGGCAAUUCAAGAAAGCAGUAACAGACGCCAUCAUGUCUCGACGAGCCAUUCGUAAUAUGAAUACUCUCUAUCCAGAUGCCACCCCUGAAGACUUGCAAGCCACCGACAAUGUGUGCAUCAUUUGCAGAGAAGAGAUGGUGACUGGAGCCAAGAAACUGCCGUGCAACCACAUCUUUCACUCAAGUUGCCUUCGCUCAUGGUUCCAAAGACAGCAGACGUGUCCGACCUGUCGUAUGGAUGUCCUCCGAGCGUCCCAGCCCAACCAGACUCCUGCCCCAGCUCCUGCACAAGCACCUGCCCCUGCUGCUCCUGCUAAUGCCCCCGUACCUCCACCUGUCAAUGUCGCUCCAGGUAUGCUGCCUCAGUUUCCUCCAGGUCUGUUUCCCUUUUGGGGUCCCUUCCCAGGCGCGCCUCCUCCUGCUGCCCCAGGUGCACAGGCAGCUACUGACGCUCCACAGACCAGCGCCGCUGCAACACAGGCCCAGGGAGCAGAAUCAGGAGCCAGCAGCUCGACCCAGCCGAAUGCAGACAGUGCCUCUGCUGCUCCCGGAGCAAUGCCUGGAUUCCCCUUCUCCAUGCCUCCACCUUUCCCAUCAGCUCCAUGGCUGCCGAUGCCUCCACCUCCACCCUUUAUAUCAUCCAUGCCGCCGCCUCCAUCGACUCUGUCCACCAUGUCAGAGGCCGAGCUCAGAGAACUGGAGCAGGAGGGCAGGCGAGGUUUGGAAGCCAGGUUGCAGUGCCUUCACAACAUCCACACAUUGCUGGAUGCCGCCAUGCUCAACAUUCACCACUACCUCAGCACGGUGGCUACGUUAAGUCCUCCAAGAUCAGAAAACAAUGCUGGUGAGACGAGUACAUCAGUGAAUGCGGAGUCCUCUUCCUCCACGGGCAACAUGGAAACUCCCAGUCAGGAGAACGAGGCUCAGAGCGAUGGAUCUGUAAAUGAAGCUACAGGCUUUUCUCUACCAGACUCAACCACAGGAGUGGACAAAGACAGGAAGGAGGGAGAUGAAGAUGAGGAUGAUGGUGAGCCAAAUGCCGCCGAGUUGAGACGACGUCGCCUGCGUAAACUGGAGACCACUAACACUCCUGACCACUGAUGAUGGGAUCCAUUUAAAUCGUGAAUUGCCUUCUGACAGUAGAAAUGCUUCUUACGGACUCUUGGGCACUUGGCAUGUUGAGAUGUCAGAUUAUCUGAGGAAAGUUCAUGAGUUCUUAGAUGUUAAUUUAAAUGAGGCACAUCAAGGCACUUCCCGCUGUAUGGAGGAUUUGUCAGUGUAACGUGUACGGAAGAUAUCAUGGAAAACCAAGCUUGAAGAUAGAAAGGAUAAAAAGCCUUGCACCUUAAAAGUCCGCUGUGACGUCUGACUCGAGUAUUGUUGAGACUUUCCUCUCUGAAUGUGAUUUUUGUCUCUCAGAGGAACACAGUCUGUUGAUUUCUUGUGUGCCCUUAAAAUUUGAUGUUUUCCCAUUCUUUGUGUAUUUUCAUUAUUUCUAGUGCUACAUCAUAGAUUAUUUUCCUAGAUCGACUUUGGUUACAGCUAAAAGAUAUCCAUGAACCAAAUAUCUAAAUUAACUUGCUGUACAUAAUGUAUAAAGUGUUUUAAUAGGAGGAUCUGUACAUACUGCACAAUAAAUUGUUCAAAACAGACA